AUGGCGACCGUGCAGGAGAACGAGAGCAAGCUGCUGGAGCCGUACGCGUACAUCAGCGAGCUGCCGGGCAAGAACGUGCGCGGCAAGAUGAUCGGCGCCUUCCAGUCGUGGCUGCGCGCGCCCGCGGACGCCGUCGAGAGCAUCCAGAGCAUCGUGGACCAGCUGCACAACGCCAGUCUCCUCAUUGACGACAUUGAGGACGACUCGGAGAUGCGCCGUGGCCAGCCCGUGGCCCACCACAUCUUCGGCGUGCCGGCCACCAUCAACUGCGCCAACUACGUGUACUUCCUGUCGCUGCAGAAGUGCCAGGCGCUGGGCAACCCGCGGGCCAUGCAGGUGUACACGGACGAGAUGCUGCGGCUGCACCAGGGCCAGGGGCUGGACAUCUUCUGGAGGGACCAUCUGCAGUGCCCCACGGUGGACGAGUACCUCGAGAUGGUGCAAAACAAGACGGGAGGGCUCUUCCGCCUGGCUGUGGGGCUCAUGCAGGCGUUCAGUGAGUGCACGCUGGACUUCACGCCGCUCGUGAACGCUCUGGCCGUGUACUUCCAGAUCCGAGACGACUACGUGAACCUGCUGGACGAGACCUACAUGGAGAACAAGAGCUUCUGCGAGGACCUGACGGAGGGCAAGUUCUCCUUCCCGCUCAUCGUGGCCAUCCGAGAGAACCCGCAGGACACGCGCUUGCUCAGCAUCCUCAAGCAGCGCACCAAGAGCACCAAGCUCAAGCAGUACGCCGUGCAGUAUCUGCGCGAAACAGGGGCGGUGGAACACACGCUGGCCAAACUGAACGACACGGUGCAACAAAUUCGCGACGAGAUCGCGUCGCUAGGAGGCAACCCGGCGCUAGAACAGAUCGUGGAUGGAUUGCAUGCUACAGUCAAGUAG